GGCACGAGACCGGAAUGAGUUAAUUGAUUUCCGAGUGAAAUCACAUAACACCGACUGUAAUGAUAAUAAUAAUUGUAAUGUCGUCAUCGUAGUAAUAUGAUAAUAAUUUUAGCCGGCAUUGUAGGUGAAUAGGAGGUACGUGUGCAUAUAUAUCGCACACGUUAUUUUUAUUACUAACUCGCCGCUCGCAUAAACGAUAAUUGGAUAAAACGUGAUCAGAUUUAUUGAGUGCAAUAAUGUAAUGUGCAGCCAACAGCUGUGAGUGUGUGUGUGCGCGCGCGUGUGUUUCAGUCCGUUAUAAAUGUUUGGUCCUCCGACGUCACCAGCACACUUUCGAUUUAACGUCCGAACACGCCGCUAUAUAGAUAGGUACAACCACAUAGGUAUAUGACAUUUAAUUCGGUGCAUACGUACGUAUUAUAUACCGAACACCACGUCCCGCGAUCGGGCGAUUUCACAUAAUUAUUAUUGUUGUUAUAGUAUAUUGCACACUAUUAGUACUUAGUACUAUUUACGCGGCGAAACGGUCACCAUACAAUCGUCGUUAUAUUAUAUUAUUAUCAUUUUGACGGAAUAAUAUUAUCUGCGAGUACGCGUCCGCGUGCACCAAUCGUAUUGAAUUCCCGACGACGGUCAGUAUAUACCUAUAACAGUAUGGGUUCGACCAAGUUGAACAUUGCUUUGGUUUUGUUGCAAUUGACUGGAAUGUGCAUGUGCCAAAAGUUCGGUGCAGUUUACCGGAGACCGGUGACCCCGGACAGGCAGAUCGCAGUCGCCCAACAACAGUACGCGAAUGACGCGGCGCAACAGUCGGUGGCCGCCGGUGACGUUUACCAACAAUAUCCGGAACAGCAGUACAACUACCCAACACAGCCGUACUACUAUCCGGCGCAGCAGAAACAAACGUUGGAGAAGCAGCAGCAGGCUAGGCUGGAGCAACAACAGCUCCAGCUCCAGCAGUUGCAACAGCUGCAGUCGCCGUACAAGCAACAGCAACUGUCGGCGUGGGAUUACUAUCAGCCGGCGGCGUCACCGCAGCAAUACAGCAGUGAAUACCAACAGCAAUUGCAGCAGCAACCACUGCAACAGCAAUCGCAGCAACAGCAGCAGUAUUACCAAACCAUGGAGAAACCACUGUUCAGACCGGCGACCAUACCGGUGAACGAGGCGCCCGCCGAGGGUCCGCAGCAACAGAAGCCGAACUUGAGCUUGUACCAGCAGCAAAGUGGAGCGUUGGCCAAUCAGCAGCAAUUGCCGCAAAACCCGCUGGGAGUAUACUACUCAUCGGCCGCCGACGUGUCGAAAUUUCAAUUUUCAGGCAACGGUGUCAGCUAUUCGUAUUGAAUAAUAAUGUGUGAAUUUUGUUAUGCUCUUUUUUUUUUUUCUGUUUUGUUUUUAUUUCAUUAAUACUAAUUUUAUUGUUUGUUCUGUUAUAUUUUCAUAA